AUGCUCUGUGCUACGGUAUUAGCUCCACUGGUUGAGAUCAUCCCCGUGGCCGGGGUCAUUGGAGUUCUCAUCCUGAUCGCCGUCAACACUUUCGCCUGGGGGACGUUCAAGCUGUUCUUGAAGGUCAAUUGGACUGAUUCAGUGGUCGUGAUCGUCGUGAUGCUGAUGACAUUGUGGUAUGACGUUGCCGUUGCUGUGCUAGUCGGCGUCAUUGUCAAUGGCCUAGGGUUUGCAUGGGCCAUCGCCACGGAGGCUAGGGUGGAGACAGAGGCCGGCGUCGAUACGCGAACAUUUCACCUCAUCGGGCCUCUCUUUUUCGGUUCAGCCAAGAAUUACCAAAACGAGAUGAGCCCGCAGCUGAUCACAGAGAGCAGGGUCGUGUUGGAUUUUUCCAAGUGUCGGAUAUUGGACAUUUCGGGAGUUAACGCAAUCAAUCAGAUGAGGGACCUUUUCAUAAGCCAGAAGAAACAGGUGUUUCUGAAGGGCGUCCCCCGAGAUGUUUUCUCCUUCUUGCCGAAGGAUGCGGAGUACGAGACGCUGCGGUCCAAGGGGACUGUCCUCCAGGCCUGA